AUGCGGGAAUCGCAGCUGGGAGGCGGGCUCGACCGCACGUGGGGUCCUGCGCGCGCAUUCUUCUGUCCCAUCCUCCUGAGCGCUUCUCUCCGCCGCGUUCCGGCUAAGUCCUACCAGAUGUGGUUCGCAAAAGCCCGGAGUUGCUUCGAGGAGUGCAUCAAGGACUCGCCGCGGUUCAGGGCGACCAUUGAUGAAGUAGAAACAGAUGUGGUUGAGAUUGAGGCCAAACUGGACAAGCUGGUCAAGCUGUGCAGCGGCAUGAUCGAGGCUGGCAAGGCCUAUGUCACCACCAACAGGCUUUUCGUGAGCGGCGUCCGUGACCUGUCCCAGCAGUGCCAGGGUGAUACUGUUAUCUCGGAAUGUCUGCAGCGGUUUGGAGACAGCCUGCAGGAGAUGGUCAACUAUCACAUGAUCCUGUUUGACCAGGCCCAGAGAUCUGUGCGGCAGCAGCUUCACAACUUCGUUAAAGAGGAUGUGCGGAAGUUUAAGGAGACAAAGAAGCAGUUUGACAAGGUGCGAGAGGACAUGGAGCUGUCCUUGGUGAGGAAUGCCCAGGCUCCAAGGCACCGACCCCAUGAGGUGGAGGAAGCCUCAGGUGCCCUCACUCUCACUCGAAAGUGCUUCCGCCACCUGGCACUGGACUACGUGCUCCAGAUCAAUGUCCUCCAAGCCAAGAAGAAAUUUGAGAUCUUGGAUUCUAUGCUGUCCUUCAUGCACGCCCAGUACAGCUUCUUCCAGCAGGGCUACAGCCUCUUGCACCAGCUGGACCCCUACAUGAAGAAGCUGGCAGCUGAGCUGGACCAGCUGGUGAUUGACUCUGCAGUGGAAAAGCGUGAGAUGGAGCGUAAGCAUGCUGCCAUCCAGCAGCGGACACUGCUGCAGGACUUCUCCUACGAUGAGUCCAAAGUGGAGUUUGAUGUGGAUGCACCCAGUGGUGUGGUGAUGGAGGGCUACCUCUUCAAGAGGGCCAGUAAUGCCUUCAAGACGUGGAACCGGCGCUGGUUUUCCAUUCAGAACAGUCAACUUGUCUACCAGAAGAAGCUCAAGGAUGCACUGACUGUGGUGGUGGAUGACCUCCGCCUGUGCUCUGUGAAGCCAUGUGAGGACAUCGAGCGGAGGUUCUGCUUUGAGGUCGUGUCACCCACCAAGAGCUGCAUGCUGCAGGCCGACUCAGAGAAGCUGCGGCAGGCCUGGGUUCAAGCUGUGCAGGCCAGCAUUGCCUCUGCCUACCGCGAGAGCCCAGACAGCUGCUACAGUGAGAGGCUGGACCGCACAGCAUCCCCAUCCACUAGCAGCAUCGACUCAGCCUCAGACUCCCGGGAGCGCAGUGUCAAGGGUGAAAGUGUCCUGCAACGUGUGCAGAGCGUGGCUGGCAACAGCCAGUGCGGUGACUGUGGCCAGUCAGACCCCCGCUGGGCCAGCAUCAACCUGGGAGUGCUGCUCUGCAUCGAGUGCUCUGGCAUCCACAGGAGCUUGGGUGUCCACUGCUCAAAGGUGCGAUCUCUGACACUGGAUUCAUGGGAGCCAGAGCUGCUAAAGCUGAUGUGUGAGCUUGGAAACAGCACCGUGAACCAGAUCUACGAGGCCCAAUGUGAGGGUCUGAGCAAUAGGAAGCCCACAGCCAGCAGCCCCAGGCAGGACAAGGAGGCCUGGAUCAAGGACAAAUACGUGGAAAAAAAGUUUCUUCGAAAGUUGCCCACGGCGCCAGCCCGGGAAGCCCCAAGGCGCUGGCGGGCACAGAAAUGCCAGCGUCCUCAUAGCUCCCCCCGUGCCCCUGCUACCCGUCGCAAGGUCCGGCUUGAGCCUGUCCUGCCCUCUGUUGCUGCUCUUUCUUCAGCAAGCACCCUGGAGCGCAAGUUCCGCCGAGAUUCACUCUUCUGCCCAGAUGAGCUGGACUCACUCUUCUCCUAUUUUGAUGCAGGGGCUGCUGGGGCUGGUCCACGCAGUCUGAGCAGCGACAGCGGCCUCGGGGGCAGCUCUGAUGGCAGCUCAGAUGUCCUGGCCUUCGGCGCGGGCUCCGUGGUGGACAGCGUUACUGAAGAGGAGGGCCCAGAGUCAGAGUCUUCCAGCGGUGAGGUAGAUGGGGAUGCAGAGGCCGACAGUGAGGCCUGGGGCCUGGCUGAUGUUCGUGAGCUGCAUCCCGGGCUCCUGGCACACCGUGCAGCACGCACCCGUGACCUCCCUGCAUUGGCUGCAGCCCUGGCCCACGGGGCUGAGGUUAACUGGGCAGAUGCGGAAGACGAGGGCAAGACACCGCUGGUGCAGGCCGUGCUCGGGGGCUCCUUGAUUGUCUGUGAAUUCCUUCUGCAAAAUGGAGCAGACGUGAACCAAAGAGACAGCCGUGGCCGGGCACCCCUACACCAUGCCACGCUCCUGGGCCGCACUGGCCAGGUCUGCCUGUUUUUAAAGCGGGGGGCUGACCAGCACGCCCUGGAUGAAGAGCAACAGGACCCACUGACCAUCGCAGUGCAGGCGGCCAACGCGGACAUCGUCACGCUGCUCCGUUUGGCACGUAUGGCAGAAGAGAUGCGUGAAGCUGAGGCCCCCCCGGGUCAGCCGGGCCCCCUGCCAGGCAGCAGCCCCACAGAGCUCCAGUACCGCAGGUGCAUCCAGGAGUUCAUUAGCCUCCAUCUAGAGGAGAGCUAGGGCCGGGCAGGCCGGGCAGCCGCGGGACCCCUGCCCUGGUUCCCGCCCGCCCGGCCCAGGUGCCCUGCAUGCCCUUGAGGACCCUGGCCCCCUCCCAGCCACGGCCCUGCCGGUGGCAACCAUGGGCCCAUUUCCCGACAGUCCCCACACCCAGGUGUUCCUGGAGUCCCUGCUCGCCUGCUCUCCCUCCUUCCAGCUACCCGGAUCCCCGGGGAUGGGAGAGUGACCCCAGCACUGAGUCUUUUGAAGCCCCACGUUUCCCUGGGGCAUGCUGCAUCCUCUGGUGCCCCUCACCCCACCUGGGGACUCUCUGUCUUCCGGUGGCCCCUUUUCCGGGGCCUGGGUUGCUCAUAUCACAAACCCUUCUCAAGGCCUGUGUCACCUUGUGCCCUCUGCCUUCAGGGCCUGUGUCACCUCGUGCCCUCACCUUUACUGCCCCAGAACACUGACCUGCAAGCUGGGUCCCUUAUACACACCCCAGACCCCCCUUCUCUAGGCCCUAGGCUGGUGGCUGGCCACCAGCACCUUCCUGGGGCAGGAGGGGCAGCCCAUCCAGGGAACCAACCCGAGUACCUCACAAUGACCCCAGCAUUCAGGCUGGGUUUUGAGGGUGCUGGGUGGGUGGGGCUCUGGCCUGGGUCCUCAGCCCUAGCCGGACGCUGGCGUCUCAAGGCCAUGUGGCUGGCCAGGAGGCCCCCCGUGCCAGAUGGCCCCAGACCCAUCCCUGCCUCCUCCAGAGGCACCUUCUCCCGGUACUCGACCCAGAGCCUGUGCAUAAAGCAACUUUGGCACUUUCCACCCCUGAAUCUGCUGUUCUUUGUUAUGGACUGAGUGGAUUUUCUACAAUGA